AUGGCUAAAAAUGCCGGUUUCAAGGUCGUAUCCCAUAUGAUGCCUGACUUGCCCAAUAUUGGCAUGGAAAGAGACAUUCAUCAAUUUGUCGAGUUUUUUGAAAAUCCAUUAUUUCGUCCCGAUGGUAUGAAAUUAUAUCCAACGCUAGUGAUUCGAGGCACAGGCUUAUACGAACUAUGGAAAAGUGGUCGAUACAAAAGUUAUUCUCCCAAUUUACUCGUUGAUCUAAUUGCCAGGAUACUAGCUCUGGUGCCGCCAUGGACGAGGGUUUACAGAGUUCAAAGAAAAACAACGGCCCCUAUUCCCCAGCCGGCCUUAAGUGAUCAAGGGGUGCCAAGAAUCCCUGGGAAAGACAUACCAAUGCCGUUAGUAAGUUCUGGAGUUGAACGUGGCAACCUCCGAGAGUUAGCCCUAGCACGUAUACAAGAUUUAGGCAAGUCAUCAUCAUGA